UCUCCUUCGCCGCAUCUCCCCAUCCGCCAUUGUUGUGUUCUCAUCCUCUUCUUCCAUCUCUCUCUCUGUGCGUGCUCUCCGACGUCUCUCCUCUCCCUCUCGCGUGCUUGGUCGCUGUAGGAGGGGGUUCAAUUGAUUUGAGGUAGCCAUGGCUGAGGCACUGUGCAGCGGCAGCGUCGCGUCCCCGUGCGGGGAGGUGGGUGUGGGGUUCGCCGCCGGCCUUGUGAGGGGCGCCGCGGCGGCGGCGGCGCUCGCGGAGUCUGUGCCGAUUGGUGGGUACAGCAGCAAGAGCACGUUCCCGAGUGGGAGGGUGGCGCUCACGGAGAGGAAGGCGAGGCCCCUGCCACGGAAUCUCGAAGCGGCGCAUGGGCAGAUGAACCUGACGAUUGGGAAGGCCAUGAGGUGGUGGGAGAAGUGCCUGCAGCCCAACAUGAGGGAGAUCGAGUCGGCGCAAGACCUCGCCGACUCCCUCCUCAACGCCGGCGACAAGCUCGUCGUCGUCGACUUCUUCUCCCCGGGCUGCGGUGGCUGCCGCGCCCUACACCCCAAGAUUGCUCAACUAGCCGAGAAGAACCCGGAGGUGCUGUUCUUGCAAGUGAACUACGAGAAGCACAAGUCAAUGUGCUACAGCCUCCAUGUUCAUGUUCUGCCAUUCUUCAGGUUCUACAGGGGAGCUCAGGGCCGUGUCAGCAGCUUCAGCUGCACAAACGCAACUAUCAAGAAGUUCAAGGAUGCACUUGCCAAGCAUGGUCCGGACAGGUGUGGCCUCGGCCCGGCGAAGGGGCUCGAGGAGUCGGAGCUCAUGGCGUUGGCCAUAAACAGGGACCUGAACUUCACCUACACACCAAACCAAGACCUUGUCCCAAUUGCAGACGCCCUCCUGAAGGAAGCUGCUGCACCUGGAGGUCCAUGGCUGCCAUUGCCCGCAACGGCGACGCAGCUGUUCAUUCAGGGAUCUGAGAAUUCGCUGUUGUCAUCUGGAAGAUAGCCGGUGGUUCGACGGCAAGAUUGGCUUCAAUUUGUACAUAUUUUUCCGCUUGUUCUAGCCUGAUGUUAUGACAUGCUGAUGCGCAGGCUCAUGAUUUUUGUUUAUGAGCCUGCUGAGUGCUGGAGGCAUGAAAUUCCUUGCCUGACGGACCUGUAUGCGUGAUGCACGUCUGCAUCGAAAAUUGAACAUGCUAGAUUCAUUCAUGAUUGAAUCCCGUAAUCCCUGUAGUAUUCAGGUCUUGAAAGCUUUGAGUUC